GCGGCGGCGGAGGCUGAGCUGCAGGGCCGGGCGUGGGGGUCGCGGCGCGGGAGAGAGCGCGGCGCGAGCGAGCGCGGCUGCAGCGGGCGGCAUGGCGAGCACGGCCUCGGAGAUCAUCGCCUUCAUGGUCUCCAUCUCGGGCUGGGUGCUGGUGUCGUCCACGCUGCCCACCGACUACUGGAAGGUGUCCACCAUCGACGGCACGGUCAUCACCACCGCCACCUAUUGGGCCAACUUGUGGAAGACGUGCGUGACCGACUCCACGGGGGUCUCCAACUGCAAGGACUUCCCCUCCAUGCUGGCGCUGGACGGCUAUAUCCAGGCAUGCCGAGGACUUAUGAUCGCCGCUGUCAGCCUGGGCUUCUUUGGCUCCAUAUUUGCACUCUUUGGCAUGAAGUGCACCAAAGUCGGAGGUUCGGAUCAAGCCAAAGCUAAGAUUGCCUGUUUGGCUGGGAUUGUAUUCAUACUGUCAGGGCUUUGCUCCAUGACUGGUUGCUCCCUGUACGCCAACAAAAUCACAACAGAAUUCUUUGAUCCUCUCUAUGUCGAGCAAAAGUAUGAAUUAGGAGCCGCUCUCUUCAUUGGCUGGGCAGGAGCCUCACUCUGUAUAAUUGGCGGUGUCAUAUUUUGCUUUUCGAUAUCUGACAACAACAAAACACCCAGAAUGGCUUACACGUACAACGGGGCCACGUCGGCCAUGUCCUCGCGGACCAAGUACCAAGGUGGCGGAGACUUUAAGAGCACACACCCUUCCAAACAGUUUGACAAGAAUGCCUACGUCUGAAAGGGCCUCGAGGUGGCGAGAAAGAGGAACUGUCCCUGCACAUGACCCCCUCAAGGCCCUCCUCCGCUUCACACUCUAUUUUGAAAAUGUGCAUUUGGAGAACUUGUUGAUUGUCUGGAUGUAUGUGUUCCGACCUAGUUAUGUACUAAUCAUUUUCUGUUGUGCCUUUCUAUAAAAAAAACAGUAAACAGUUCUUUACAGGA